AUGAACAGAAGUGGAGAUGGAGGUGGAGAUAGAGGCACAGGCGGUGGUGGUGAUGAUGGAGGAGUUGCAGAUUCUAGGGAAUUUGAUUCGAAGGUGGUAAUGGUGAAGGUAGCGGUCGAGAAGAUGGCCGCCCGCAGCAGGGGAGAGGCCCCGCUGUGCCUGGCGGCGCCUCGCCCAGGGCGCGAGGGGGGCCAGGCCCUGCGCGCGGGGCGAACAGGCCUCGCUUGCGCGGGGCGAGUAGCCUCGCCGCCAGGCGGGGCGAGAGCCUCGCCCUUCGCCGCGGCCGGGAGGCCUCGCCCUGCGCGGGCCGAGAGGGUCCCUUCGCCCUCGCGCGGUGCGGAGGUCUCGCCCGCGCGGGCGGAGAGUCCUCGCCGCGCGCGGCGCGGGAGGCCUCGCCGCGCGAGCGAAGAGUUUCGCCCGCGCGGGGCGAGGGGUCUCGCUCGGCCUGGCGCGAGGGCCUCGCCCGUGCGCGGUGCGGGGCCUCGCCGCGCUGGGGAGGGUCCCGGCCCGCGCUGGGCGAGGGUCCCCGCCCGCGCUGGCGAGGGUCUCUGCCCCGCCGCUGGGCGAGGGCCUUGUCGCCCGCCAGCUUGGGUGGGGCUGUCGCGCCCGCCGUGGCCGGUGCGGCCAACCGUGUGUCCGCUUUCGGGAGCUGUUUUUGGAGUUUUCCGGACCUCCGAAAAUAUUCCGGGACCUGUUUUCCGCGAUCCUCGUAAAAUUCCGGACCGUUUCAAGUACCAUAUUGAUAUAUUUUCGGUGAACUUCCGAAAUGGCCCUCCGGGUCCGGCGGACUGUUGA